AUGCAGAUCUUCGUCAAGACCCUCACGGGCAAGACCAUCACUCUUGACGUGGAGCCUUCCGACACGAUCGAUGGCGUGAAGCAGAAGAUCCAGGACAAGGAGGGCAUCCCCCCGGACCAGCAGCGCCUGAUCUUCGCCGGCAAGCAGCUGGAGGACGGGCGGACCUUGUCGGACUACAACAUCCAGAAGGCGGGUCACAUGUUUUUCGUUGAUGCUUUCAUGUACUUCAAAGUAUAGAAUAUUGUUCUUAUCUCCCCCUACCCUUUCGAAGUAUUUUCUGAAUGGGCAUCAAAUCCUGUCCACGAACAAAAUGUUUCCUUCUACAGUGUAGGGUGAGAGACGGAAACGGCCAAGGGCGCACUGCAUUAAUCUUCCAAGAAUCCCUUUGGGUGACAUUCUUGUUCCGGUGCUUACCUCGAAUCUCGCCUCAUAUACGUUUUUUUGCGCUUUCCACUUUGGGUGAACGACGAAAAAAACUUAGGCAGAAACCUUCACGAAGCAGUCUUAUUUUUGAGGAUUCGCAAUGCAUGUUGGUCUUGAAACAAUACUGGUUGUUGAUAAAAAGUACACCCUCGAUUCGUCGCUCUUGAUAUAUGUGCUUGACGCGGAGGCUUGUAUUCGUCGUCGCAUCCUUAUCAACUGGUACUCACGAACCCUCAACCUG